AUGGAUUUAACUUAAGGAUUAGAUUAUAAAGAAUUACAGAAAACUCUUAUUUAGUUCUAAAAGGCUCAGAUGCAGCUUGAGAGAACUGGAAAAUUAUCUCCUUUGAAAUAACUAUCUCCAUUCAAAAAGAAAGAAAUGGUUAAUUUCAAAGCUCUUGAAGAAGCAGGGUUAAUUAAUUUGAAUUUUCCAUCUUCGAAGGAAAAAGUAUAAGGAGUCUAGAUUAGUUUAGAAGAUAUUGAAAAGGCAUUUAAAAUACUUGAUGAAAAGAAUGGAGGAUCGAAAAUUUCUCUUCAAGAGUUAAAGAGAAAAAUUCCAGAUCUAAAUCCUAACUUCCCUUUAAAUGAAAUUCCUGCCUUGACUUAGGGUAAAUCUGAAAUAAAAUCAAAGGAGCUUUUCGAACUUUUAAAAUAAAAUGAACUAGAUCAUUUUGAUCCUUUGUAAGAAGCAUUUAAUUUACUCGACCCUAAUAAAACUGACACACUUGAUAUGGGUAGACUUAAAAAGGUAUUCUAAGUGUUGGGAUAUGCCGACUUAGAUCCAAAAGAUAUUAGUAUACUUGAAGAAUGCUUAAACGUUAAAGGUGAAAAAUCAGGAAAAAUAACUUUAAAAGACCUCAGAGAAAUAUUCGAAAAUGAGUGA